AUGGUGGAGACGGGCUCCGUGGAGCGGCUGGUGUCCGGGCUGCACCGGGCCCAGGUCCUGCGCUUCGGGGACUUCGUGCUCAAGAGCGGCCUCGCCUCCCCCAUCUACAUCGACCUCCGGAUCAUCGUCUCCCAUCCGCCGCUCCUGAACCAGAUUGCAGAUCUCCUGUUUCAAACGGCAAAAAAUGCAAGGAUCAAGUAUGACUCAGUGUGUGGUGUUCCAUAUACAGCGUUGCCUUUGGCUACAAUUAUCUGCUCGUCCAACCAGAUCCCAAUGCUUAUACGGAGGAAGGAAGCAAAACAAUAUGGUACCAAGCGUCUGGUGGAAGGCAUCAUUAAUCCAGGAGAAACCUGUUUAAUCAUUGAGGAUGUGGUCACAAGUGGAUCUAGUAUCUUGGAAACUGUAGAGGUUCUUCAGAAAGAAGGAUUAAAAAUCACAGAUGCAAUAGUGCUCCUGGAUAGAGAGCAGGGAGGAAAACACAGGUUAGAAGAACGAGGGAUUCGCCUACAUUCUGUGUGCACCUUGUCCACGAUGCUAGAGAUUCUCCAGCAGCAGCAAAAAGUUGACUCUGAGAUGGUUGAAAAGGUGAAGAAAUUCAUUCUGGAGAAUGUCUUCAAACCAGCAGAGCAAAAUGGUGCUGCUCCCAUCAAACAAAUGUGCAAAGAAAUGAGCUUUAGCGCUCGUGCUCAGCUACCUGGAAUCCAUCCUGUUGCAGCACGACUUCUCAAGCUCAUGGAGAAGAAACAAACUAACCUGUGCCUCUCUGCUGAUGUCACAGACUCCAAAGAACUUCUACAGCUGGCUGCCACUCUAGGCCCCAGCAUUUGUAUCUUAAAAACUCAUAUAGAUAUCCUGAAUGAUUUCACCCAAGAGGUAAUAAAGGAGUUGCGAGCACUUGCAGACCAACAUGAGUACCUGAUAUUCGAAGACCGCAAGUUUGCAGACAUUGGAAACACUGUGAAACAUCAGUAUGAGGGUGGUGUAUUCAAAAUAGCUUCCUGGGCAGAUAUAGUUAAUGCCCAUGUGGUCCCAGGCUCUGGAGUUGUGAAAGGGCUGAAAGAAGUAGGGCUUCCUUCACAGCGAGGCUGUCUUUUGAUUGCUGAGAUGAGUUCUCAAGGGUCACUUGCCACUGGUGACUACACAAAAUCUGCAGUACAAAUGGCUGAAGAAAACUCAGAUUUUGUUUUUGGAUUCAUUUCUGGUUCCAGAGUUAGUAACAAACCAGAAUUUCUUCACUUGACUCCGGGGGUCCAGAUGCAAGCUGGAGGUGAUAACCUUGGACAGAAGUACUUAAGUCCACAGGAAGUUAUUAGCAAAAGAGGCUCAGAUGUCAUUAUUGUGGGACGUGGCAUCUUGUCUGCAUCAAAUCGUUUAGAGGAAGCAGAGAUGUACAGGAAGGCAGCAUGGGAGAGCUAUUUAAGCAGACUUGCUGUUCAUACACAAGACUAAUUUGAGCCCAGGAUUCCAGUGAACAAACUAACCCAAUGCAUUCUAGAAGAAGCUGGAGUAAUUUGGAGGAUGUUUCUCCCCGUUAGUUAGGUUGACGUCUACUCUGAACUCAAUUGAAUAUUUUGCUUUAGGUAAAAUCUGCCAAUGACUUAAGUUUUUAGUAACGUGUAUAAGCUAAAUGACGUUAAUUGUGACCAUUGUUUCUUUGCAUUUGAGACUGUGAAACGAAAAAUCACUGCCCAACGUUAGUCUUGCUUCUAACUGGUCCUCCAGUCUAUUACUUCGGAAAACAAUAAAUGAAAACACUCCAAGGGGUACUUGCUGGGUUAUUACUGCCCUCUGGUAUUUCCUUUAGUUAUGGAAACAGUGCAGGUGAAGCGUUUUCAAUACUGUACAACAAAGCUGACCAUUCGCUACAUUGAAUGGGACAACAGACUAGCCUGAAUCUGUUACUUAAUAAACAUUUUAAU